UGUUUGUGCAACUUUAAUCUACGCCUGCUGCGAUGACUCUUCAACACAACGAACACGUGCUCUACUCGGCUCUCUUGUUCGUCGUACACAAAGGGGACGAGGUGCGCUACUCUACGGAAGUGCGCCACUCGAGACACCUUUCCUGAUGAGAAGCAGAAUGGAGGCCGUGGAUAUCCUGGACGUCCUCGGAGGUUUCGGCACUUACCAUGUCCUCAUGAUACUUCUGGUCGUUUUCCGGGCUUUUCCAACUGCGUGGACGAAUAUGAUUACGCCUAUCAUAGCGCCCGACAUGGACCACUGGUGCGCGCGUCCUGAAGGCGCACCCGAGCACGUGACGAACAUGAGCAGCGACGAGUGGAAGUCAUGGGCAGUGCCCAGGCAUGACCAAGGGUUCGCUCGGUGCCACAUGUAUCGCCUGUACGAGGCCGCCAAUGGUUCGUGGCAGGUGGAUACUAACCAAACACUCCUCUGCGACAGAUGGGAGUAUGACACCUCCAUUUAUGAAAGCACCAUCGUAAAUGAGUGGGACCUGGUCUGUGGCCGAGGUUAUCACCGAUCGGUCACGCAGAGUGUGGUCAUGGCGGGAGGCCUCGUUGGCGUACUGUCAUUCGGCGAGAUGUCUGACCGCCUGGGCCGCCGGCCAACGUUCUUCUUGUGUGUGCUAAUCAUCACCUUGUUCGGGUCGCUGUCAUCGCUCGCACCGGCCAUUGGCUGGUACAACGCCGGCCGGUUCAUCGUCUCGACGGGCGUCGCUGGGUGUCAGGCCACUACCGUUUCCCUUCUGAUGGAGAUAAUGCCACCACAGUACCGGAUGAUGAUGAACGUGGGUUUCGGCAUUGGCUACACCAUUCCCCUGCUGCUGUUGCCAUUGCUGGCGUACAACAUCCGCCACUGGGGCUACUUGCAGCUGGCCACUGGCCUUUCCGCGCUCCUGAUGGUGCCAUUUUGGUUUUUUCUGCAAGAAUCUCCACGUUGGCUGCUCACGAAAGGUCGCAUUGAGCGCGCUGAGCAGUCUAUGGUUCGCAUUUUGAGGAUCAAUCGACGUCCGGUGCCCGACAUGGACCAGACCAUGAACAGCCUCGUCCUCUUGACAAAAUCGGAUUCAAAGAGGGGCAUGGCAUUUCACUUCGUGGAUUUCUUCAGAACGCCGAAAAUGCGCAGAAAUACGUUGAUUCUGUUCAGCGUUUGGUUCAUGGGCUCGUUCGUAUACUACAACUUGGUGUUUACCUCGACAACUGUGCCUGGCAAUCCGUACCUAAACUACGCCAUCUCGUCGGCUGGCGAGAUCCCAGCUGCACUUCUCGGGCUGUGGGUGGCACGAAAAUGGAGUCGUCGCCAUUCUCAGGCGCUCUUCCUUCUGCUUGCAGCGCUCGCCAUGACGCCGUUGCCCUUCUUACCCGAAGGCAGCCCGAGCUGGUUGGAGAUUGGUUCCAACGUGCUCGUGCGCUUCCUGGUUCUGAGUGCGGGUUUCAUCAAGUGGAUCAUGGCACCCGAGAUAUUCCCGACAUCAGCUCGCAGCUUUGGCUUCGCCUGUGUCCUCACCUGCUCGCGAUGCGGUGCCAUGGUGGCACCUUUCCUCCGGGAUCUGGCUGAAGUGACGCAUUUGGUCGUUCAGUUUGUGUUCCCGGCGCUCUUCCUGCUCAUAUCGGCUGGACUGACUCUUCUCUUGCCCGAAACGCUGAACAAGCCACUGCCUGACACUUUCCACGAGGCAGAGACCCUAGACAGGAAGAAAAUACCCAAGACGUUAGUGCCACUCACAGAGUACAAGUUGACAAGCAGCAGCGUCUGACGUGGCAAACAUUCGGUCAACAUCAUCGUUGCGAGUUAUCGGGCGCAGACCAUGCACGUGUCACGUACAGCUUGUAGAAGUGCAAAGUAGGGAAAUAAAGCCUGCUCUGGAAAACAUUA